GCCGGGCCGGGCCGGGCCGCGCCCCCGAAGCACCGCCCCCGCUCCCGGAACGCCGCGGUGCCGCCCCGGUCUCCCCGCUGGAAAAGUCCACAUAAACGCCUCUGGAACGCUCGGAGGGACGUCGGGAAGCAAAAAUGCGCCCGAUGCGGAUCUUCGUCAACGACGACCGGCACGUGAUGGCCAAGCACUCGGCCGUGUACCCCACGCAGGAGGAGCUGGAGGCCGUGCAGAACAUGGUUUCCCACACGGAGCGAGCGCUCAAAGCCGUCUCCGACUGGAUCGACGAGCAGGAGAAAGUCAGCGGGGAGCAGCCGGAGUCGGAGUCCAUGGAGACGGCGGCCGAGGAGGAGAACAAGGAAGGAGGGGAUCAGAAGGCCACGGAGCAGCUGACGAGGACCCUGCGGGGCGUGAUGCGCGUGGGGCUCGUGGCCAAAGGCCUCUUGCUCAAGGGGGACCUGGACCUGGAGCUGGUCCUGCUGUGCAAAGACAAACCCACGGCCAAGCUCCUGGAGAAAGUCGCCGACAACCUGGGGGUGCAGCUGGCGGCGAUCACCGAGGACAAGUACGAGGUCAUCCAGUCGGUGGGCGACGCCGCCAUCGUCAUCAAGAACACGAAGGAGCCCCCGCUGAGCCUCACCAUCCACCUGACGUCGCCCGUGGUCCGGGAGGAGCUGGAGAAGCAGCUGGCCGGAGAAACGCUCUCAGUCACCGACUCCCCGGACGUUCUGGACAGGCAGAAAUGCCUUGCUGCCUUGGCGUCUCUGCGCCACGCCAAGUGGUUCCAGGCCAGGGCCAACGGGCUGAAGUCGUGCGUCAUCGUGAUCCGAGUGCUGCGGGACCUCUGCACCCGCGUCCCCACCUGGGCCCCGCUCCGAGGAUGGCCGCUGGAGCUGCUGUGUGAGAAGUCCAUCGGGACGGCCAACCGGCCCAUGGGCGCGGGCGAGGCGCUGCGCCGGGUGCUGGAGUGCCUGGCCUCGGGCAUCGUCAUGCCAGAUGGUUCUGGUAUUUAUGACCCUUGUGAAAAAGAAGCCACUGAUGCUAUUGGGCAUCUAGACAGACAACAAAGGGAAGAUAUCACACAGAGUGCUCAGCACGCGCUGCGGCUCGCCGCCUUCGGCCAGCUCCACAAGGUCCUGGGCAUGGACCCCCUGCCCUCCAAAAUGCCCAAGAAACCAAAGAACGAGAACCCAGUCGAUUAUACUGUCCAGAUCCCGCCCAGCACCACCUACGCCGUGACCCCCAUGAAGAGGCCGAUGGAGGAGGACGGGGAGGAGAAAUCCCCCAGCAAGAAGAAGAAGAAGAUUCAGAAAAAAGGUAUUGAGUUAACGAGAGAGGAGAAGCUGGAGCCGCCGCAGGCCAUGAACGCCCUGAUGAAGCUGAACCAGCUCAAGCCGGGGCUGCAGUACAAGCUGGUGUCCCAGACCGGCCCCGUGCACGCCCCCAUCUUCACCAUGUCCGUGGAGAUCGACGGCAGCACCUUCGAGGCCUCGGGGCCCUCCAAGAAGACGGCGAAGCUGCACGUGGCCGUCAAGGUGUUGCAAGACAUGGGGUUACCCACCGGAGUGGAAGGCAAAGACUCCGGGAAGGGCGACGAGUCGGCGGAGGAGACGGAGCAGAAGCCGGUGGUCGUCGCUCCUCCGCCCGUCGUCGAAACGGUGUCGACGCCCACGGCGGCCUCGCCCCCGGCAGAUCAGACCCCCGAGAACGUGAAGCAGCAGGGACCAAUCCUGACAAAGCACGGGAAGAACCCCGUGAUGGAGCUGAACGAGAAGCGGCGCGGGCUGAAGUACGAGCUGAUCUCGGAGACAGGCGGCAGCCACGACAAGCGCUUUGUCAUGGAGGUGGAGGUGGACGGGCAGAAGUUCCAAGGCGCCGGCUCGAACAAGAAGGUGGCCAAGGCCUACGCGGCGCUGGCCGCGCUGGAGAAGCUGUUCCCGGACGCUCCCGUGGCCAUCGAGCAGAACAAGAAGAAAAGAGCCCCCGUGCCAGCCAGGGGGGGCCCCAAAUUCCCAGUCAAACAGCACAACCCGGGGUUCGGCAUGGGGGGCCCCAUGCACAACGAGGCCCCCCCGCCCCCCAACAUGCGCGGCCGCGGCCGGGGCGGAAACAUCCGGGGCCGCGGGAGAGGCCGGGGCGGCUUCGGCGGCAACCACGGCGGCUACAUGAACACAGGGGCCGGGUACGGGAGCUACGGCUACGGAGGGAAUUCCGCCACCGCCGGCUACAGCCAGUUCUACAGCAACGGCGGCCACUCCAACUCGGGGGGCGGCGGCGGCGGCGGCUCCUCGGGCUACGGCUCCUACUACCAGUCCGGCGACGGGUACACGGCGCCGGCGCCGCCCAAGCACGGCGGCAAGAAGCAGCAGCACGGCGGGGGCCAGAAGGCCUCCUACGGCUCCGGGUACUCGGCCCACCAGGGCCAGCAGCCCUACGGGCAGGGCCAGUACGGCGGCUACGGCCCCGGGCAGGGCAAGCAGAAGGGCUACGGCCACGGCCAGGGCGGCGGCGGCGGCUACUCCUACUCCAACUCCUACAACUCGCCCAGCGGCGGCUCCGACUACAACUACGAGAGCAAAUACAGUGAGUGCGGCGGGAGGGAG